AUGCAGCAAAGCCGUCACAGCUGGCACUACUAUUCCGAGCCACUGCCACACAUUUGCCAGGGGCUUAAGCACCGCCUCUGUUACCAUCCGCGCGGGAAGACAAUAGGUGGUUCGGGCGCAAUCAACGGAAUGAUCUACGUGGAGGGGCAUCGCAAGGACUUCGAUGAUUGGCUAGCCGCCGGCAACACAAAGUGGGGUUGGGCGGAUGUCAAGCGCUAUUAUGAGAAGGCAGUGCGCCCGGUGGGUAACGCCACACAUCCGAAGGGCUAUGUGGUGCUUACCGAGGACUAUACAGGCGCUAAGACGAUGAUAGACACGGCGAUCUUCAAUGCCACCGCCGAGUUGGGCUUGCCAAGGUUGGGAAAGCUGUACAAUGGCAUAGAAGUUGGAACAAUGUAUUUGCCUAUAACGAUAAAAGAUGGCAGACGCAUGUCCACGGGCAAAGUGCAUUUGGCUAAAGUGUCGGGGCGCCCCAAUUUGCACGUGAUCAAAAACGCGCAUGUGCGUAAGAUACACUUCGACCGCGCCGGUACGAUAGCCACUAAAGUGACGUUCGUGCUGCGUGGCAUGUACGAGCUGAGCGCCAAGGUGCGCAAGGAGGUAGUGCUCUCAGCCGGCACUAUAGAUUCUCCAAAGCUGUUGCUCUUAUCCGGCGUUGGACCGCACAAGCAUCUCAAAGCGUUGCGUAUACCGGUGGUGCGCGACCUGGAGAUCGGUACGAACUUGUGUGAUCACGUGAUUACUACGCUUUUCUUUAGGUUACCCAACAAAACCUUGAUUGCGCCCAGUCAAUUGCGCGCCUUGGAUGGCAUCUACGACUAUCUAAUACACAAUCGCGGCAAUUUGCGAGGCAAUCCUAGCGGCACCACGUCCUUUGUAAAUACCAAAGGUGACAGCGCGGUGCCAGACUUACAGCUGCAUUACACGCUCUACCGACGUGAAAAUAUAGACCACUUCCGAAGUCACUUGAGCAGGCGCGAUGAUAAGAUCGUUGCACGCUUAAGUAAGCAUUUCAAAGACGCACAUUUGAUAUCCUUCAUGUUGAUAUUGGCCAAACCACGCUCCGUUGGCAAGUUACGACUACGCAGUGCCGAUUAUCUGGAUCCGCCACGCAUGUACUCCAACUAUCUCGAUGAUCCCGAAGAUGUGGCGACGCUGCUGCGAGGCAUACGCUUUCUCGAGCGUCUAGAGCGCACGAAGACGAUGCGCGCGCUAAAUGCAACACUGAUUCAUAUACCUUGCGACGAAUGCGACGGCUACAAGUACCGUACGGACGCCUAUUGGCGCUGUUACAUCAAAUACAUGGGCGAGGGUGGCUUCCACCACACAAGCACGGUGAAAAUGGGACCCAAAAGUGAUCGGGAUGCCUGUGUGGACCCGCGCUUGCUACUGUACGGCGUAAAGAAUGUACGCGUAGCGGACGCCAGCAUAAUGCCCGAUGUGCCACGAAGCAAUACGAAUGCGCCGACGAUUAUGAUUGGCGAACGUGCGGCUGACUUUAUAAAGGAGGAUUGGAAGGAGUGCGACGAGCGAGUGGAGCCGAAGUGAGAGGAGCACAUUUUUCGGAUAAAAGUUACGAAAUAUAUUAUAAUACAUUUAUUAACUGUAUUUACUGGACAAUAAGUCAAAUAACCGUAUGGGAGUUUGGGUUUCAAAUUAAAAUGCAAAAGAUUACCCUGGUCAGUGCUACUAUGAGGAAUUGCGGCAACCGAUACCCACGAAUCAGUCCUACAAACCGAUAAAUCGCGAUGGGCGUUGUGAAUCGAUAUUCUGUCGCAAAGACUUCGUGCUCGAAAUUCGUUA